AAACAUCUCAUAGUGAGUGUGCUUUGCAGCAAGAAGCAGCUAAAGUUUAUGUUUGUAAAAUUUGUUGUGAUUUUUCUAUAGGCAUAUGUUAUUUUCACAAUAAAAUCAAAUUUCAUAACAAAUAAACGGUUUAAUAACAAUAAAAUUCGCGCCGAUGGCCAAUGAUAAAGAAGCUAAUGCCAUCAAUUCGAAAUGUAGCGUUUGUGGUGUAACAUUUAACAAUAUACAAGAAUGUCUGAAACAUGAACUAAUCAAACAUAGUUUACACAAGAAAAACCAUCCACAAAAUCGUAUACAAAAAAGACUUAAUGCUACUGCUAAAUGUUUAAAUGCUGAGGAGAAACUUUCGCAACGUGUUCAGUUAAGGAAUGAAUUAAAAAAGUGCAAAAAUGGUGAAGAAUUGCAUGCGAUUUUUGAAUUGUUUUGCAUGAAAACCGAUAGUUUGGGUUUAAUAUUUACCCGCAUACAGACCUGUUUGGAAAAGGAGUUGAGGUCGGCUGGUAUUGUAAGGAUUUAUCCAUUCGGUUCGAUAGCAAGUGGUUUGGCAUUGAGAGACUGCGAUAUUGAUAUAUACUUGGAUGCCUCGCAAAUGCAUGUUUCGCCCAGACACAAAUAUUAUAAAGAAAAAGAAGAUCACGAUUAUCAACAGCGUUUAGCCUUCAAUCGCAUUAAUAAUCUUCUCCAUCGUAGUCCACAUUUUACCGAUGUAUUUGCCAUACGUAGAGCCCGGGUACCCAUUAUAAAGUGUAAACAUAAAGAUACUGGCUUUAGUAUAGAUAUAAAUGUUUCAUGUCCCAGUAGUCGAGAAAAUACACAAUUCAUUUAUGAAUUAGUUAAAAGCGAUGAUAGAAUACACGAGCUAAUGUUGUUUCUUAAAUUAUGGGCGAAAAAUGCACAAAUCGUGGGAAGAGACACAAUGACCAGUUAUUGUUUAAUAACAUUGGUAAUAUUCUUUUUACAACAACCUUGGUUAAAGGAGAAUCAAGCAAUCAAUCAGAAUAAAGAAAAACGUAUUUUGAAAUCUAUUAAAGAAUUACAAAAGAAUUGUCCAUUUAAUAUGGUGCAGGGCAUUAAUUAUGCCUAUAAUUUAAGAGACAAAGAAAAUAAACCCACAAUACCCACCGCUGUUACCACUUGGGAACUAAUAAAAGAAUUUUUUAACUUUUAUAAAGAUUUUAAUUUCGAAGAUCACGUAAUUUCACCCUUUUACGGAAAAUCUAUAGAAAAAACCAAUUUAACACCAGAUAUAUGUGAAGAAUAUUACAAACAAUUGAGAACCAUAAGCCAGUAUUUGCGGGGCGAACAGGCCAAUGAUUUGCAAAUUGAUCGUUGUAUGUGUGUACAGGAUGCGUUUUGUCUUAAUCAAAAUACCGCCAAAAAUAUACUACCUCAUAGUAAGCAAUAUAUACAAUUGUGCCUAAACAAUGCCCACAAAAUAUGUGAAAAUCCCAAUAAUCUUAAAUUGGAUGAACUGUAUGAACAGCUUUUAUUUGAGACCAUCAAAAUUAAUCAAGACAAUCAAGUUAAAGUAACUAAUGAAAACUCCAAAUCGGAAUUAAUGAAAGAUUUAAAAAACUUAACAUUACCCAUAACGGAAACAAAGACAGCAGAAACGAAUAAAAGUGAAGGUAAAUUAAUACAUAGCAUUAUACCCUCUAAAGCCGAUAUACGUACUUUAGCUGCCCAUUAUCCAGACCAACCGGCCGGAGAGUCACUUUUGCGUUGUUGGUGUCAACAUUAUAUAGAGGCUAUAGAAAUUAUACUGACUAAAAUAUAUCGCAUGGACAUUUCCCAGAAAGAACUGUCCUCCCAACAAAAACAACAAAAACUCGAUCAAGAAGUUAAAGACAAAGAACUUAAUCAAGCUUGGCUUAUAUCCUGUUCCAUUGAUUUAUGGAGUAAUCGUUGUUUUCAAAAAGUCGGACAAACUUCAUUUAUGAACUAUCACUUGGAGCAAACUGAACGUUUACAUAAUAUCCGAAGACAAGAUCCUAAAUUUUCCGUUAGCUUUAAUGGUAUUUUAAAACUGAAUACUUUAGCAAAUUAUAUGGGCAUGGAUAUAGAACUACAUUUAACCGAUGGUACACCCAUAGCAAGUCUUAAUAAGAAAAGUCCUUUGCGUAAAUUUUUCAAUGUUUUCAAAAAUACUUUACAAAGUUGCAAUUUUAAAGAGACUUUAAAUAUCAGUGGUGUUGAAAGUACUAAAAAUUUUAAUGAAAAUAAAACACAAACAAUACAAAAUAAUGAUGAUGAUGAUGAUGACACUGCAACUGCUACAAAUGUAGAAGAAUCUCUUCAGACUACACCAUCUAUAGAAAAAGCUAUUGCUGAUAAUUUAUAAAAAGGUAAAGAAAAUUUUUCAUUUAUUUUAAAUUAUAAUUUUAUAGAGUUUUAUGGUUUUGAAGUUAUUAAAUUUACCUUAUACUUAAAUGUAAA